GAGAGCGAACGUUCUCUUUCUACCGGUCUCCACUGCGACUGCGUCCCCUCGUCCUUCCUAAUCCUUAUAUGAUUCCUCCUUCCGGGACUCACGCCCUCUGUCUCUCUUCCAAAUAGGGUUUCAUAUUACUGUAGGAUCCCAUUAACAGCUCGAAUUCUCGACCUCCCACGGUGCCAUUGGAGACGACAAUCGAAGGGGUUCUCUAGCUCGCAAGAUCUCUUACGAAAGUCCAUCAAGAUUUGACAGAGAUGAGCAAUUACAAAUUGGGCGUGGAAGUUGUGAGUGCCCAUGACCUCAUGCCCAAGGGUGGGCAUGGUUCUUCGAGUCCUUGUGUGGAGCUUCAUUUUGAUGGCCAGAAGUUUCGUACCAGCAUCAAGGAAAAAGACCUCAAUCCUGUCUGGGAUGAGCGCUUCUACUUCAACAUUGCAGAUCCUGCUUCUCUCCCUGAACUUGCACUUGAAGCUUCUGUGAUCAGCUUUAACAAGGCCACACAUUCUAAGACAAUCCUUGGCAAGGUCCGAAUUGCUGGGGCCUCUUUUGUCCCCUUUGCAGAUGCUGUAGUCAUGCAGUAUCCAUUGGAAAAGCGUGGAAUGUUUUCUCGUGUAAAGGGAGAACUCAGCCUUAAAGUAUUCCUCACCAAUGAUCCCUCAAUAAAACCUUCCAACCCACUUCCAGCUAUUGAUUCCAAUCCCAGUAACCCUCCUCCAAGCCAAGCUCAUAAAGUACUUGCCCAGGUCCCAAUAUUAAGUAGAAGCACACCACGAGAAAACAAAUCAGAUUCAAGACAUACAUUUCACAGUAUUCCAAAAAAGAUUGACCAGCACCAUUAUUCUGCUCCAGUCAGUGAGCCAGUGAGGCAUGUAGUUGAUUCUAUGAAACCUGAGCCUCAACCCCAUAGAAUGUUCAAGGUGUACUCGUUGGUAUCGACUCAACAACCAGUGGACUAUGCACUGAAAGAAACUAGCCCUUUCCUAGGUGGUGGUCAGAUUGUUGGAGGGAGAGUUAUCCGAGCUGAGAAGCCAGCUAGUACAUAUGAUCUUGUGGAACAAAUGCAAUAUCUUUUUGUACGUGUUGUGAAGGCACGAGAUUUACCAGCCAUGGAUGUCACAGGAAGCCUAGAUCCAUAUGUUGAAGUGAAAGUGGGUAACUACAAGGGGACCACAAAGCAUUUUGAGAAGAAGCAGAACCCAGAAUGGAAUGAAGUAUUUGCAUUCUCCAGAGAACAUAUGCAGGCAUCAAUUCUUGAAGUUGUCAUCAAAGACAAAGAUCUUCUCAAGGAUGAUUUUGUUGGGAUCAUACGAUUUGAUUUACAUGAUGUUCCAACACGUGUCCCACCAGAUAGCCCAUUGGCUCCAGAGUGGUAUCGUCUUGAGGACAAGAUGGGGGAUAAAACCAAAGGUGAAUUGAUGCUUGCAGUUUGGAUAGGAACCCAAGCUGAUGAGUCAUUUCCUGAUGCAUGGCACUCAGAUGCAGUGGCACGUUUUGAUGCCUCUUCUGUUAUCUCUCACAUAAAGUCAAAAGUCUACCAUGCACCCAGGCUGUGGUAUGUUCGAGUUAACAUUGUUGAGGCACAAGAUAUUGUGAUAAAAGAAAAGGCUCGCUUUCCAGAUGUUUAUGUCAAGGCUCAACUAGGCAAUCAGGUCUUGAAGACAAGAACAGUUCAGGCACGGACAUUUAACCCUCUAUGGAAUGAAGACCUCAUGUUUGUGGCUGCAGAACCCUUCGAAGAUCACCUCAUCCUCUCUGUGGAAGACCGUGUAGCACCAAACAAAGAUGAGGUGUUAGGCCGUGUUGUUAUUCCUUUGGGAUCCCUAGAGAAGCGAGUUGAUGACCACAUUAUACUAGGUCACUGGUUCGAUCUCGAGAAGCCUGUUUUGAUCGAUGUAGACCAGCUGAAGAAGGAUAAGUUUUCAACCCGGAUUUUCCUCCGAGUCUGCCUGGAUGGUGGAUAUCAUGUGCUUGAUGAGUCUACCCACUAUAGUAGUGACCUAAGACCAACAGCAAAGCAGCUAUGGAAACCUUCAAUUGGACUGCUUGAGCUUGGCGUCCUUAAUGCAGAGGGUCUUCAUCCUAUGAAGUCACGAGAAGGAAAAGGGACAUCAGAUACCUAUUGUGUAGCCAAGUAUGGUCAGAAAUGGGUGCGUACUCGUACCAUCAUCGACAGCCUAAGCCCAAGAUACAAUGAGCAGUACACAUGGGAGGUUUAUGAUCCGGCUACAGUUCUUACAGUUGGUGUCUUUGACAAUUGCCAACUUGAGAAGGGUUCUAAUGGUGACAAGGAUGCAAAGAUUGGCAAGGUUCGCAUACGGCUAUCAACACUUGAAACAGGUCGUGUGUACACACACUCAUACCCACUUCUAGUUUUACACCCGUCGGGUGUUAAGAAGAUGGGUGAAAUCCAUCUUGCCAUACGGUUCUCAUCUACAUCGUUUGUUAACAUGAUGUACAUAUACUCGCAACCGCUGCUACCGAAGAUGCAUUACAUACGGCCGUUAAUGAUGAUGCAACAGGAUAUGCUGCGGCACCAAGCAGUCCAAAUAGUAGCUGCACGUCUUAAUCGAAUGGAGCCACCCCUCAGAAAGGAAGUUGUUGAAUACAUGUCUGAUGUUGACUCUCACUUAUGGAGUAUGCGCCGAAGCAAAGCAAAUUUCUUCAGACUCAUGUCAGUUUUCUCAGGCUUGUUUUCGGUGAGCAGAUGGUUUGGAGAUAUUUGCAAAUGGAAGAACCCCAUCACCACUGUACUGGUGCACAUUCUGUUCAUCAUGCUAGUGUGCUUCCCGGAACUAAUACUUUCUACGAUAUUUCUAUAUAUGUUCCUGGCAGGCCUUUGGAACUACCGCUAUCGACCACGUUAUCCUCCGCACAUGAACACAAAAAUUUCUCAUGCAGAGGCUGUGCAUCCUGAUGAGCUUGAUGAGGAAUUUGAUUCUUUUCCUACCAGCCGAGGCGCAGAACUUGUUCGUAUGAGGUACGAUCGGUUAAGGAGUGUCGCUGGACGGAUACAAACUGUGGUUGGUGAUAUAGCGACUCAAGGGGAGAGGGUCCAGGCGUUGCUUAGCUGGAGGGAUCCACGGGCCACUUCGGUAUUUGUGUUAUUCUGCCUGAUUGCAGCACUCGUGCUGUAUGUGACCCCAUUGCAGGUGUUGGCUGCUCUGGCAGGCUUCUAUAUCAUGAGGCAUCCAAGAUUCCGGCACAGGAUACCUUCAGCACCUCUAAAUUUCUUCAGGCGCUUGCCAGCAAAGACAGACAGUAUGCUUUAAAUGGAUUCAAGUUAAUAGGUUUUUGGUGUAGUAAUUUUCUUUUUUGUUUAAUGUGUUCAUAGUUUUUCUUGCUUCCUUUUGUUUCUUCUGCUUUUUUGUUCUCUGUAGAAAACUGAACAGUUCAUGAACUGCAAAUAAUAUACUGAAACCUCUCUACCACUGAGUUUGUGAAUC